GUCUGGGGCCAGCAGACCUCAGUACAAAAUCGAAUCCUCCACCGGAGAGCUGCAAGAAAACUAGAUCAGAGCUGUCUCUCUCUCUCCAGCUUCAGCCAUUUUUGGCCAGAUCUCAGAAGAACAAGAAGCAAAAAAGAAGAAGAAGAAGAUAGAAGAAGAGGAAGAAGAAGAAGACGGAGAAGAAGAAGAAGAAGAGCUGAACAUGCAUUUUUAUCAUAAACAGCGAGAUUGAUUAUCCAUGGGACCACUUGAACGGAUGUUCUGUAAUGGGAGGUCAAGAUCGAAACCGUCUAUUCCGUGGCCCCCAGCAUGGAUGCCCGUUGUGCAGAAUUCCAAAUGAUCGGGCAAUGAGGCGGCGGUGGCCGCAAAAUAAUUGUUAAAACUGAAACACCCAAUGCUGGCAUCGUGAUGGGCUGGUUCUGAUAUUUGAGGGUGGACCCCAUGUUGCAUGUACCAUAAUGUCUAUUUUAUGGACUUCAGAACAAUGUUGUACAUCCAUGAAAUGUUCUAUUUGAUGGUGGUCCAUGCUAGGGGAUAUCUAAGUUUCCAUCCCAUUUAUGCUGACGAAAAAGCAUGUGUUGAAUUGUAGCCUCUUAUUAUCAAAUUGGAGGAGUGGUCUUUUCAGAAAAUCGGUUCAUUAAGAAUUGAUAGCCAGGAAAGGGUGGGUUUUGAACUAAUUAGUUGGCACGAUGAUCAGCAAGCCACUUUUGUUGACCUAUCUAUAUCUACUAAUCUACAUACUUCUCUCUUCUGGAGUCAUUUUGUACAACAAGUGGGUUCUCUCACCAAAAUAUUUCAAUUUUCCACUUCCUAUAACGCUUACUAUGAUUCACAUGGGAUUUUCUGGCGCGGUAUCAUUCUUUCUAGUUCGCGUUGUCAAGGUUGUAGCACCUGUCAAGAUGACAUUUGAAAUAUAUGCAACAUGUGUGAUUCCCAUUAGUGCCUUCUUUGCAUCAAGCCUUUGGUUUGGUAACACUGCUUAUCUCCACAUUUCAGUGGCUUUUAUACAGAUGCUCAAAGCCCUAAUGCCAGUGGCAACAUUUCUCAUGGCUGUUAUUUGUGGCACUGACAUAUUAAGGUGUGACGUAUUCUUGAACAUGGUGCUGGUCAGUGUUGGAGUCGUCAUUUCCUCAUACGGGGAAAUUCAUUUUAAUAUAGUCGGGACAGUUUACCAGGUCACGGGCAUAUUUGCAGAAGCUCUUAGGCUGGUCUUAACUCAGGUCCUCCUCCAAAAGAAAGGCUUGACUCUAAAUCCCAUCACCAGUUUAUAUUAUAUAGCUCCCUGCAGUUUCCUGUUCUUAUUUGUACCAUGGUAUUUACUGGAGAAGCCGGCAAUGGAGGUUUCACAGAUUCAAUUCAAUUUCUGGAUAUUCUUUUCGAAUGCUCUCUGUGCUCUAGCCUUGAACUUCUCAAUAUUCUUAGUAAUUGGUAGAACUGGAGCGGUCACCAUCCGGGUUGCUGGUGUUCUGAAGGAUUGGAUAUUAAUCGCCCUUUCUACAAUUAUAUUUCCAGAGUCAACAAUAACUGGACUGAACAUUAUUGGCUAUGCAAUUGCUCUAUUAGGUGUUGUCAUGUACAACUACUUGAAGAUCAAGGAUGGCCGUGCAUCAAAUCAACUUCUGGUGGAAACUGUACCUGAAAGAGUAUCAAAGGAGUGGAAGUUGGACAAGAAAUCAUCGGAUCUAUACCCCAAUAAUGGGAAUAAUGGCAAUGGCGGAGGCAAUAAUGGUGGGAAUGGUUUGUCAUUGGAUUCUAGCGUGGACGAAGAAGCGCCCCUUAUUACGUCCUCAAGGCUGUCUCACAUUGGCCGAAGCCAGCUCAGCAGCAGCAGCAGCAGCUACAAUGCGUGAGUAGUAAUCAAAGAUCACAAGUAUAUUUCCGCAACAACUUCAGCCUCUCUGCCUCUCUCAUUCGUCAAAAGGAAAAGAGAAAUAGAGAGGAGGAACCGACAGUCUGAAUCCUAAUGUAGCAAUUCUUUUGUACGAAAAGCUGGCCAUUUUUUUCCCUGCCAAGAGCACAUCACAAGGCGUAUCAUGAAACUGCCUGCGGUAAUGUGGUAGUAGCCAGUUGAUCGGAUAGUAAUCAUUGAUCAGGCCAUGAAGAUGUGUUAGCUUGAGUGGUUUUUCUUUCUUUCAAGUAAUCUCUUAGUUUUGGCAUGGAUGCCUGCCAGUUAGAAACAUAGAACAUAUCUUGUCCUUCACAUGCAUUUCAUAUUCGGUUGUUUUUGAGGCCGUUUGACGAGGAAGGGCAUCCAUAAAAAGGGCAUUUUGGUCAAUAAGCCAUUACGCGGUA